AAGUUCAGGAAGACCAGACUCUCUUUUUUCAGUUUACAUGUGGUGCUUGUGCUAUGAAACUCGAACUCUCUACAUGUACAAGGAACCAAGCCGUCAUCUUUACAUCAACAAUUCCCAGUGGACCAUUUCUGGUGUGAUGACAAAGAUUUCGGUUAUACAUGUAUCUUUUUGGACAACAGAUUGACAAGACAACAAUGUCAACCACACUAUCCACCAGAACCUUUUAUCCAAUGAGCAUAGUUGUUGUAGGUCUUGUGUGCUCAGUGUUAGCAUUUUUCAUUUACUUUGACCCUGGACAUUCUGAAUGUGCAUCCAGACAGCUUUCCUUGCACCAGGACAAUGGUUUAUUGUAUACUGAGGAGAAAGGCAAACCCCUUGUGCUUCUGUGGUUCUGGCCACUUGGACGAACAUUUGACUUUAAUGACUGUAAAAAAUACUUCAACAUUGAUAGUUGUGAGUUGACAGCCGACAGAUCCCUGUACAGUAAAGCUGUUGGGGUCAUUGUGUUUCACAGAGAUAUUAGUUGGGACUUGAAAAACCUUCCGCCAUCUCCACGCCCCCCUUUUCAGAAAUGGAUCUGGUUUCACGUUGAAUCACCAACAAACACAAAUAAAAUUCCAGGCUUGGAAAACCUGUUCAACCUGACAUUGAGCUACAGACGAGAUGCUGACAUCACUGUGCGAAAUGAGUUACUGCUUGUGAAAUCAAAGUCACAAAGUGAUUUUAAGAUGCCUGAGAAAAAUCAACUUGUUUGCUGGAUUGUGACUAACAACGAUCCGAGGACUGGCACAGGUACAAGAGCAAGAUACUACCAGGAGCUCAUCAAACAUAUAAAGGUGAAUGUUUAUGGUGCUGCUUUCACAGGGGUUCAUUUGGGGUAUGAAGACUAUUACUCAACCAUUGCUAGCUGCAAAUUUUAUCUGGCAUUUGAGAACUCACUUCACAAAGACUACAUCACAGAGAAGGUGAAUGGACCUCUGCUAGUAGGUACUGUUCCAGUAGUACUAGGCCCAUCCAGACAGAACUACGAGGAGUUUAUUCCUGCUGAUUCAUUCAUACAUGUUAAUGACUUUCCUGAUGUGAAAGGUCUCGCUGACUUCCUUAUCCAGUUAGAUAAAAAUGAUGAGAUGUACAUGCGUUACUUCCUAUGGAGGAGUUACCUCAGUGCAAAAGCUCACCUCCUAACUCCCCAUGAUGAGUUCAUCCAACCCAUUUGUUUAGCCUGUGAUUAUAUGCUAAGAGACAAACACAGGUUAACACAGUACAGUGUUGUUCAUGACCUGUAUGAGUGGUACUUUCAAUGACUGAAUAAUUACUGUUAUACAAUUGACAAAUUAGUUUGGGAUAACAUACUUUUCACAAAAUAACACAGUUUUUGCUGUUCCACUAGUACAGAUUUAAAUUAAUU